AUGACGAACAUGGCUUCAACGACAGCGUGUCUCGCAGAGACGGGCUACGGCUCGGCGGUGCAGUACGGUGAUCGAUUACAAGAACCUUUGAAACAGCACACUGGACAACACAACCCAUGCUCCCCAAUUGAUUCACAGGCUAUCAGAUCGGCUGAUUGCAAUGGCAAAGAUAGAGCGGAGCAGUCAAGGCUGAGGAAUGAGGAGCAGAGAGCCAAGCGGUGGAGAAAAAUAAAGAUGAACGAGGAUAGACGUAGCAAUGAAUGGAUAAGAAGGCAGAAAGGAUAA